AUGAAUUCCGCUGCUUCUCUUCUGGCUGGAGAGUACUCAGCCCGACUGAAUUAUGCCGGCUCCCAUCUGCUUAUCAAGAAGCCCACUAUAUGUGAUUCGACUGUCAACCAAUGGAGUGGGUACUUCGUCGUUAAUGCGACGGCGGACCGAAAAUACUUCUUUUGGUUUUUUGAAUCUAGAAAGGCACCAGUCAACGACUCCCCCACAACGCUUUGGCUCAGUGGUGGCCCGGGUGCAAGCUCCAUUCUGGGGCUGCUGAUGGAAAAUGGGCCCUGCCGUCUACUGUCCGACGGCAUCACUACAGAAUAUAACCCUUACUCAUGGAAUGAAGUAUCGAAUAUGAUAUGGCUCGACCAACCGGCUGGCACUGGUUACUCGAUGGGCGAACAUGAGCAUAACCUCGCCGAAGUACGGGACGAUCUCUACAACUUCCUGCAGGCCUUCUUCCAUCAUUUCCCGAAAUUCAACAAGAACUUCCACUUAGCUGGAGAGUCCUUCGCCGGGCACUAUAUACCGGUCAUUGCCGAUAAGAUAAUACAAGAGAAUAAGAGAAUGCUUGAUGGUGCGGCAUCAAAUUCGGAGCAGCCCAUCGACUUACGCGGUAUAUCGAUUGGUAAUGGAGACACGGACACACCACAUUCAGCACCGUACUUGGCAGAAAUGGCGUUGAAGUCUGGGGCUGUGAAUGAGAGCAUCUACCACCAAAUGCUUGCAUCGGUACCAACAACUACUGAGCUCAUGUUGAGGUGCGCUGAGAUUUCGGAGAAGUCGAAGCAGCCUGUAAGCCUGUCGAAUAUGCCCAAGACUUGCUGGGACGCUAAUAUGCAAUACAUAAUGAACUUCAUGAUCCCAGUCCAGUCUACUGGUCGGAAUGUAUACGACUUGCGCCUCAACGGCACAUACAACUUCAGUCGGUACGCCAAGUUCCUCAACAAUGACUCCAUUAUGAGGACACUCGGCGCUGCCCAGAAAUGGACCCCGAUUAACCUAGGAGUCACUAUCGACUUGUACUUCGACGAUGCGUAUCGGAUGUACAAUCCUCAAGUCGAGCGCAUUUUGGAUGCGGGUAUCAAAGUAUUGAUUUAUGCGGGGGAUAAGGACUAUCUCUGCAAUUGGAUAGUGAAUGAUGCGUGGACGAAGAGAUUGCAGUGGAGUGGAGCCCAGGAAUUCCGUGAUGAGGACUUCGAGCCAUAUCAACCUUAUACUGGAGAGGUUGUUGGUGAAAUACGUCGUGCGCGGAAUCUUGCUUUCAUUCGUGUCUUCAAUGCAGGGCAUAUGGUGCCUCAUGAUCAGCCCAAGAACAGCUUGAUGAUGAUAGAGGAGUUUCUGACUGGAAAGUUGUUUAAUCACGCCUAG